GGGGAUUUUAAACGCAACACACGUAUCCGGAUGUGACGCAAAUACUUAAGUUACAGCAUUCAAGAUGGCGUCCUUGAUGUUCAGGUCAAGAGCAGGUCUGUUGGUGCCUGGUCACUCCUCUCUACUGGAUUCUGUGAGGUUUGCAUCUAAGAAGUCUGGUGGUACCUGUAGGAAUACUGGAGGAAAGCGUCCUGGCCGGCGAUAUGGCUUCAAGAAACAAGAUGGAAACUUUGUUCAUGCAGGCAACAUCCUUGCAACACAGAAAGCGUUAAGGUAUCACCCAGGAGCGCAUGUGGGAAUGGGAACCAACAACACGCUCUUUGCCCUGGAGGACGGUUACGUCAGGUUCACCAAGGAAGUGUACAUCCCGCCACCACGCAGCUUAGAGGCCACACAGGUCAUCACUAAAUUGCCAAAGGGAGCUGUGCUCUACAAGACCUUCAUCAAUGUGCUGCCAGUCAAACAGGAGGGCAAGUUUAAACUGGUGGACAUGGUCUGAAACUGACUGAACAGGACUGGAAUGUCAUUAGUUUUUGUAUUCUUGCGGUUGUCAGGAUUAAGGAAGAGGACAUUUGGUGGACUGGGAUCACAUACAGAGGCAAAUCAAAGAAAAACAUGCAAAGAAAACUAUUUUCAGUGAAGAUUGACAGUAACAGAUUUUGUGUCACUGGCAAUCACAAGGCACCUCCAUCAUUAAUAAUAAUAUAGUACCAAUAUAGUCCAUGAUAUUGGAGAACCCCAACUUAAAACCUGUCAUCAGGGCCAGUUGUUUCUCACUGGGAUGCUUCAUAGUUACAUGUACCUACACCCAGGACUUGCCAUCUGAAAGUGAGCCUAUAUUGAAAUACAGAAUAUUUACUACAGUUGUUAUAGUGGUUUAUUUGUCAGUCAUUAGACCUUUGAUUAGAUUGAAGUUACCGUAUCACUUAAUAAAUUUUUUCUAUGCAAUGACCUGAGUUUUGUGUCAAGGGUACUCUGGUUAGCAGUGGAAUGAGAGGUAUGAUUCUGUACUUUAAAAAAAAUAGCAAUACAACAAUGUGGAACUGCUCUACUACAAGUAAACAUUCAAAUCCAACUUAAAAAAGCACAGAAGCAUUGCAGGCAAAAUGCACUUAAAGUAACACAAAUGGUAGAGCAUGGCCCCUUUCAGUCUUACAGAUGUUAUAGAGUUAUGACUGAUGCAUUAAAAUGUGAGCAGAAUUUUUGUUAUAAUUACUUGUAAAAAGUUUUUAAUUACUUUAAAAAAAAUGGUGGGCUGUUUAAUCUGCAAAAACAUCACUU